UGUAUGCAGAGUGCACGGUGCAGGGUGUUGAAGUGUGGACUGGUGGGUGAGCAUGCUUGAGAGCCAUGCAUUGAUAGUCUCCAUUCUCUUCGCCUACAGCCGUUGACAGUGACUGGAAUAUGUGAUAUUUAAUACGAUAUUCCGAUUGCCCGGCAGAUAACAGGGGAGAUGUUUGUACAGUUUCUUCUCUCAGGCAAUGCUACUUAUCGACUGUCACAUGGCUGUUUUUCGUUUACCAGAAGAAAUAUGGAUGGAAGUGUUCAAGUAUCUUUCAAAGUCAGACAAAUUGAACGUUCGUUCUUGCUGCACAUAUUUCAAGCGGCUGGUAGACCAUCGUUCUCUUUGGAAGAACGAGACCAUUGCUCUUCGAACUUUCAAGUCGUACAAGGCUAAUUUCUGGAAGACUCUACGUUGCAGGAUGUUGGCUAGUGUCAUCGUGGACGAUGCCAAUGAAAAAGAGUGGAAAAAGAUUGUUACCUCCCUACCAUGGCUCAGGUCUGUUAUAGUAGAUUUAUCUAAAGUUGACUCAGAUGUCCUGACGAAUCUAAGUAGUUUGAGGGAGUUAAAAACGUUGGUCGUCCGUUUAUUAUGCGAUUCAUCUGGUCUGGCUAAGAGCUUGACAUUGCUGCCACAGCUCGAGCAACUUUCAGUGUGUUGCUUCAUCUUCGAUUCCGUCAGGUCAGAGCUUAUGAACGCCAUAUCUCAACUCAGCAACCUUACAUCACUACGUCUUCACGAGGGUCGCUAUCCCAUUCCCAAACAGACUUUCCACGCCUUGUUGAGGAGCUUACCCAAGCUUAAACACCUCUCUCUCAGAAUGUGGACAGGUCAGGCUCUCCCUGACGACUACUUGAAUUUGUCCGGAGAAGCUUUGGGUUCACCAGAUCUACACAAUGGAAAAAAUGGUCUCACAAGCCUUGAGCUUCUGAACUACAUGGAUCCCAUGUUGUCACCUGUGGCUCUGGACCAUCUGCCCUUUCUAGAGAGUCUGACAGUGAAGUAUGACCGCAGGGACAAAGGGCGAAGCCACCUGAGAUCAUGGCUGAAGAGUCUAACCCACCUCACAGAGCUUACUGUUAUGAACGGUCAUCCAUUCCGUGGCUAUGCUACCUCUUUGCCAAGGACUUUGAGAACUUUGUCUCUAACUGGUAUGAUGAUGCGACCAGGGGCUAUGGCACUGGCUGCAAAGAAAGUGCCAGACCUACAACACCUACACUACGAUCCAUUUGAUUUCAAAGGCGACAUCAUAAUAGUUGAGAUCCCAAGGCUUUUCCCUCAGUUACAAACUCUGAAAAUCAGAUCCUUCGGUAUGUCUGGGAGGGACUUACUGAGGCUUGGAGAGAUGCACCAAAUGAAGCGUCUGGUGUUUCUGGAUGGUCGUAGUAGCCACAGCCCCAUCUCUUCAGAACUCCUGUGUAGAUUCCAGGUCCUGACAGACUACAGAGUCCAUGUGGUUCUUUCAGGUGAACCGACAGAUAAGGCCGCCUGUCUUUGUGAUUUUUUGUGAUUGUACAUGCUUUACUCAGGUUUUGUAUCAGUUUUAGUUUUUUCCCAUAUUGUCUAUUUUGUUAUGUUUGAUAGUAAUUCUGCUUUUCUGUUCUGCUGCAGUAUUCCUUUGGCAAUUACAAAAUAAAGCAUGUUAAUAAAGUUUGUUUAAAUCAGGAAA